UAGCUUCGUGAAUACUCGAUAGUAUCGUGCGGAUAUCGAGGCUAGGUCACCUCUAGUUUUGUGAUUGUGUCAAAAAUACAGGGUUUGAUUGUUGCAUUUGCAAUUUAAUCCGAUAAAUAUAUAUUUGGCGUGGAGUUAUGCACGAGACGUCGUUGCCAGCGAUUAGAGAGCCGAGCGGCCACACGUUUGGCAUUCGUUAUUAAUUAAAUCAGUCGCCAACAGCUGAGCGAGAGAGCAAUAGAGAGCGACAGGAGAGGAUCCACCUCCAAUCGAAUCCGGGAAUCGAAAAUCGGAGCAGCGCAGUCGGCAGCGCAGUUAGCAGAGGCUUGGUAAUUAAAAGGAAAGACCGAACUGAACUGAACUGAACUAAACUGAAACGAAACGAAACGAAGUGACAAGAAACGAAAAGAACAGAACGAAAGUCGGCAGAGUCGGAAAGUCGGCAAGUCUGAUUGUCGGCAAAGGCCCAAAGUCGCAAAGUCGGAGAGUCGCAGUCUCAGUCGCAGUCGCCGAGACAGAGAUUCCACUCGUGUCGCACGUCCGUUCGUUUCCACAUUGUCGUUAUAAAAAUAGCAACGCCUUAAACGAUCGCAUCAACCUCAUCAACAGAACACCACCAGAAAUCACCGCCUCCUCCUCAGCCUCCUCCGCCGCUAUCGCCAUCGCCAUCGCUACCGCAUCCCAUCACCAUCAUCUUCAUUAGCAGGCAGCCCGACAGAAUUGCAACCUGCCGAUUCGGCAGCCGGCAAGAUUUCACUAGAUCUAAUGGCCAAGGACGAGGAGGAUGACCUGCUGCCCGACAAGGAUGCGGCCAAGGGCUUCUAUGCCAAAUACGAGCCUAAGGAGAUUCUGGGCAGGGGCAUCAGUUCGACCGUGAGGCGAUGCAUCGAAAAGGAGACGGGCAAGGAGUUCGCCGCCAAGAUCAUCGACCUGGGCGCCACCACAGAGGCGGGCGAAACGAAUCCAUAUCACAUGCUGGAGGCAACCAGACAAGAAAUCUCAAUACUGCGCCAGGUCAUGGGGCAUCCCUACAUAAUUGAUCUGCAGGAUGUGUUUGAGUCAGAUGCAUUUGUUUUCCUCGUGUUCGAGCUGUGUCCCAAAGGCGAGCUCUUUGACUAUCUGACCUCGGUGGUGACGCUCUCCGAAAAGAAGACGCGCACCAUUAUGCGACAGAUCUUCGAGGGCGUCGAGUACAUACACGCCAAGAACAUUGUCCAUCGGGAUCUGAAGCCCGAGAACAUCUUGCUGGACGAGAACCACAACGUAAAGAUCACGGACUUUGGCUUCGCCAGGCAGUUGCAAGAGGGCGAGAAACUUACAGAUUUGUGCGGAACGCCGGGAUAUUUGGCGCCCGAAACGCUCAAGUGCAACAUGUUCGAAGGUUCCCCCGGCUAUUCGCAGGAAGUGGACAUAUGGGCUUGUGGCGUGAUUAUGUUCACGCUGCUCGUCGGUUGUCCACCUUUCUGGCACCGCAAGCAGAUGGUCAUGCUGCGGAAUAUCAUGGAGGGCAAGUACAGCUUCACCUCGCCGGAGUGGGCUGAUAUUUCAGAGGAUCCCAAGGAUCUGAUACGCAAAUGUCUAGUCGUUGAUCCUGCGCAACGUAUCACCGUCAAGGAAGUAUUAAGACAUCCAUUCUUCAACCAAAUGGUGUUAAUGGGUGACCGCCGACAUCCGGCCCCGCCCAUCGCGGCAUAUACGGCCCACUCGAGCAGCAGGUACCUGCUCAAUAACGAGGCGUCAUCGUACCGCUUUGGGCAGCUGAACAGUGGCAGUGGCAGUGGCGCCGGCGCCUCCAAUUACCUGUACUGUGCGCCACAGAGCUCCUACUCGUCGAAUCGAAUGCGCGACGGGCCGCUGGACGAUGCAGCUGCCAGUGCAUCCGCCCCCUGCCAUGCCAUGUCAUCCACCGCCUCCACCUCCUACGCCAUCAGCACCAACGCCACCGCCACCACGAACUCGGCCCUGGCAUCCGCCUCCUCCCACAAAACCCUGACGGCGACGGUCUACUAUCAGCAGCAGCCGCAGCAGCAUCAGACGCAGCAGCAGCAGUACCAGCAGCAACCGACGACGCAACUGCCGCUGCAGUUGCAGUUGCACCACCCACAAUUGCAGCCCGGUGGCGAUGGCAAGCAAUCGGUGUAUGCACCUCCUACAGUGCAGCUGCGCAAACAGAGUCGCUUCAAUGCGCGCAAAAAGUUCCAAUUCGCCAUACUCGUGAUACGGGCCGUCAUCCGGAUACGGCGGCUGCGCUUCACCGCCGAGCCGCUGCACGUUGAGGAGGCCAUCCGGGAUCCAUACCGCGUCAAGGUUCUGCGCAAGGUCAUCGAUGGCUGUGCCUUCCGUGUCUACGGACAUUGGGUUAAGAAGGGCGAGGGCCAGAACCGGGCCGCCCUCUUCGAGAAUACUCCGCGCACCGAGCUCCACGCGCUCUACAUCAACAAUCUCAGCCGAUAGGAGGCGGUCGGUCGGGCGGCGGGGCGUGGUCGCUGAGCCACAUAGCACACACAACACACACAACACACACAAACCACACAGCAGCUUACAGAAGGAAUUAAGCGAACAGCAACCAAGAAACGAAUUAGCAAAAGUUACUAUUCAAAACAGGAAAUUGCAAAUGCAAUGGGAGAGACAUACCAAAAAAAGGAAAUAUCAAGGAUUCAAUCUAACCAUUCGGAUUCGCCUCGUUCUGGAAGGAGAGCCAACUAGAGAAGCACGCACUCGCAGGUGUACAUAUGCCUAGCAGCAUUACCUCUCUGCCUUCUUCGUCCUUGUGAUUUUGUUUAAUACUUUUUAAUUGAUUUUAUUAUGUUUUAUGCGCCGCCAUCUAGUGUAAUCAGUUAGUAGUGUAGCGUCGAAUCGGGCCAUGUAAUACCCAUGCCCAGUGGUGUACCAUAUAACCCGACGCCAGAACGAGUCGAAUCGGAUGCAGAUGAGUUGCAUGGGUCGAUCCACACCUUGUCUCACCUCCACCUUGUCCUCCAAACCCAACUAAGCCCUAAGCCCACACAAGCAAGCGUACAUGCAUAUGUAUUUUCUGUU